AGUUUCUCCUGAGCGUGACCGAGUCCAGUUCGCUUUAUUCACUGCUUAGACCUUCGCUGAUAAUGGCCAUUCUCUCCCUUCGCCUCUCUUCUCCUCCCCAUCUUAUCGACCUCCACUUUUCGAACCCUAGAUCUAUCCAAAGCCAUAGUCUUAGUUCUACAUCUCUUGCUUCUCGAUCUCCUUUAUUCAUUUACCUCCCGAAGGCGAGUCGUCGUUUCUUCUCCUUUGUCUCCGCCUCGUCGGAUGGCGCAGGAAUGUUUCCAAGGCAUUCUAACUCGCCUUUUCCUCCCUGUUCGGAAGCGCCAAGCCAUUUCCCACUGCUGGUCUUUCAUGUCGUCGCCUCCACAGUUUUAUUCGCUUGUUUUCGUGCGCGCACCUUCGCCCUGGGUCCUUCUUUAUUUCUUCCCACCGCGGCUACUAUAGCAUCAGAAACUCCUUCCACUGGGGAAUCAAGUUCUGUUGCUGGUGAAGAGGAGGAUGAGGAAUUUAGAGUUUCCUUUGAACAGUGGAAGUCCAAAACCUUUGCCUUGACGGUUCCUCUGCGGAUAGUUGCGCUACGGAGCUCAGUGCCUCCAUCUUGGCUUAAGGAUUUUGUUCAAGCGCAAGGCAGGAGGUUAAAGAUGAAUACUGAGCUCCGUGGAAGUCUCGAAUCCAUAUAUUCUGAGCUGAAUUUAGCUUUUGAUAAAGGUUUUUUGAACCGUAAAUCUGCCAUGUCAGCUGAUCUUAUUUCUUUGGGUGACUCUUGGCUUAGCAGUGCUAUUCAGAGGGGUUUAAUUGACCCUAUACCUCACGUAAAAGAACAAGAUUGGUUCAAGUCUUUGGGUAACAAAUGGAAGGUUCACUUGUGCAGGGAUGUAAAGGGGGAGUUGGAUCCUUCUGGCAACAUUUGGGGAGCUCCGUAUCGUUGGGGAACCAUGGUAAUUGCAUACAAAAAGAGCAAAUUCAAGCAACAUAACAUAGCCCCAAUUGAGGACUGGGAUGAUUUAUGGAGGCCUGAACUUACUGGAAAGAUUUCAAUGAUAGAUUCUCCUAGGGAGGUUGUUGGUGCCAUUUUGAAGCGUAUGGGAGCAUCUUAUAAUACUAAAGAUAUUGAUUUACAAGUUAUUGGUGGGAGAGAUAAUGCUUUGCGUAACUUAAUAUCACUCCAAAAACAGGUGCGCUAUUUUGAUAGUGUGCAUUAUUUGAAGUCAUUUGGAGGAGGAGACGUGUGGGUUGCUGUAGGGUGGAGCAGCGAUGUCAUUCCUGCUGCAAAGCGCAUGGCUAAUGUGGCUGUGGUUAUUCCCAAAUCUGGCAGUAGUAUAUGGGCUGACCUCUGGGUGACACCUGCUGCGACGAAGUUCAAUACUGACCGGAUUGGUGGGAGAGUAAGAGGUCCAUCCCCACUGCUACAUCAAUGGAUUGAAUUCUGUUUACAGACUGCACGAGCACUGCCGUUCCGGCAAGAAGUAAUCUCAGGAGCUUCUCCAUUUGCACUCGAAUGCCUUCCAAUUGAACGGCUAGAGCCUGCUGAAGGGAAGCCAAAGCUGGAUACUAAUCUUGUGGAUGGGGUACCUCCUCCUGAAAUUUUAGAAAAAUGUGAGUUUCUAGAGCCACUAUCAGAGAAGGCCUUGGAAGAUUAUCGGUGGUUGAUAUCCUGUAUGCUGAAGCCACAUAGUGGUCUCUGCAGACAUGCUAAAUGAAUUUAGUGUCAUCACUAGUCAUGUCCUAACUGUUUUGUGGGGUCUGCUAUGCUGAAUGAAUUUCCAAUAUACAUAACUAGAUCACAAUUCAACAUGAAAAAUGAUUGUUGUUUCUUCAUUAUAUAUUAUCCCUAAUGGCAGAAACAAUAAUUUGUAUAUUUCCUUAACUCAUGGCGUACCAGUGAGUAUGAAGUCAGAUUUAGAUACUCUCUUAGA